CACACAUAGCGCUUCACAACGAUCUCACAGUCACAUCCACCGUGCAUUGGAAUCAUCUCCUAUUAUUAUUUACGCGAGAUGUUUUCAAUGCACGGUGAGAUGUUCUGUGAGGCGAGCAGAUCCCAAAGCUAUUGUCAAUUGUCAGUGUCUACGCGUCACCAAAACUUUACCUAAAAUAAGAAGCCCGACAAACGUAAACAUAAUACGACCUAUCUGCAUUUGUCACGGUGGAGUUAAGACUAGCGUGAAGAGAGAGAAGAGCGAGCGGGAAAACAAAAGGAGGGAAGGGAGGAAGGGGAGAGAGAGUGAGAGCAGCCGAGCAGGUGGGAAAAUGAAGGAGAGAGGGAAAGCAGGACAGCCAUCAGUCGAUGAAAGGUACACUCAGUGGAAGUCCCUUGUUCCCAUUCUCUACGACUGGCUUGCCAACCACAACCUCGUCUGGCCUUCUCUCUCUUGCCGGUGGGGUCCACAACUGGAGCAGGCGACUUACAAGAAUCGCCAGCGUCUUUAUCUUUCUGAACAGACUGAUGGUAGUGUUCCAAACACUCUUGUGUUAGCAAAUUGUGAAGUUGUAAAACCAAGGGUUGCUGCAGCGGAGCACAUAUCACAGUUCAAUGAAGAAGCACGUUCUCCGUUUGUAAAGAAGUUUAAAACCAUUAUACAUCCUGGAGAGGUAAACAGAAUAAGGGAGCUGCCAAAGAACACUAAGAUUGUGGCCACCCAUACCGAUAGUCCUGAUGUUCUCAUAUGGGAUGUUGAGGCUCAACCUAAUCGUCAUGCUGUACUGGGAGCUGCUGACUCUCGUCCAGAUCUGAUAUUGACAGGGCAUCAAGACAAUGCAGAAUUUGCACUUGCCAUGUGCCCAACAGAGCCUUUUGUCCUGUCCGGUGGAAAAGAUAAGUCAGUUGUUCUUUGGAGUAUUCAUGAUCAUAUCACUGCUUCAGCAGCAGACACAAAAUCCCCAGGUUCUGGGAGCUCAAGCAUUAAACAUGCCUCUAAGGUUGGUGCUACUGAUAAAGCUGCAGAGAGCCCUGCUGUUGGACCACGUGGUAUCUAUCAUGGGCAUGAUGAUACUGUUGAAGAUGUGCAGUUCUGUCCAUCAAGUGUGCAGGAGUUCUGUAGUGUAGGUGAUGAUUCUUGCCUUAUACUAUGGGAUGCACGAACUGGUACUAGUCCAGCCAUCAAGGUCGAGAAAGCUCAUAAUGCUGAUCUGCACUGUGUUGAUUGGAAUCCGCAUGAUGAAAACCUUAUUCUAACCGGGUCAGCUGAUAAUUCUGUUCGUAUGUUUGAUCGGAGAAACCUGACUACUGGUGGUGUGGGGUCACCUGUCUAUAAAUUUGAAGGCCAUAAAGCUGCUGUUCUUUGUGUUCAGUGGUCUCCCGACAAGGCAUCUGUCUUUGGCAGUUCUGCAGAGGAUGGUUUCUUAAAUGUUUGGGAUCAUGAGAAGGUUGGUAAAAAAAAGGACCGUCUUGGAACAAGGAUGCCAAAUUCUCCACCAGGCUUGUUUUUUCAACAUGCAGGGCACAGGGAUAAAGUGGUUGAUUUUCAUUGGAAUGCAACUGAUCCUUGGACAAUUGUUAGUGUUUCUGAUGAUUGUGAAAGUACUGGGGGUGGUGGAACAUUACAGAUAUGGCGCAUGAGUGAUCUGAUUUACAGGCCAGAAGAGGAGGUUUUGGCUGAGCUUGAGAAGUUCAAAUCGCACAUACUGUCGUGCUCAGCAAAGUCUUGAGACUAAUGGGGCAUUUAUUUUGCCAUGGGGUACCGAAAGCUUUGGAGCUUCAAUUCAAUUAACACAGUCGAUGUGAUCCAGAUCCAGUCUUCUUCAUACAAUGUAUUAAUGCCUUCCCUGCCUAAGAGAAUAGAUAAUGACAUUAAUGCUUUAAUAGGUUGCGCUUGGUGAUGGUGAGUGGUGAGUCUGGUGACGAUGAACUGAAGUGUAUGUUCCAUUAUCAUGUCCGAGGAGGUAUAUUAUUUGUUUAUUAGCAUUUUGAUUUGAUUUACCUUUUUUCUUCCUCAAGGAUGCCCUUCAUUCAUGCUAUGGAAGCUUGUGUGUUUUGGACUUUGAUACUUCUCUUCCAAGUAUCCAGCUGCACUGCACAUUGAAAAUUCAUUCAUUGGGGAGAUGUCUCCAAUGUACGGCUGGGUGCUGUUCUCUGAGUCAA